UUAUCCUGCUCCAGAGCCAGCUCCAAAGCUCCUGCCACAUCCAGAGCCAGAGCCAGAGCCAGAGCCAGAACCAGCCCCUGGGCUAGAGCCAGCUCCAGCUCCAGCCCCACCACCUGUGGCAGAGCUGGAGCCAGUAUCAACUGCAUCGGACCCUACAGAGCUGGAGGAAGGGCCACCAUUAACUGCAGCCCCAGUGCCAGCUCCUGAACUAGAGCCCACUGGACCCCGGGCUGUGACCACCGAAAACCAGCUGAGGGAGGAUAAGCCGAACCUCUUGGACUUCCCUCCCAAGCUGGUGGCAGACCAGCUGGCAAGGAUGGAGGCAGCGAGCAUUGGGUCUUGCAGGGCAGAGGGGUCCUGCCUUCCUGUGCCAUUAGCUGCCCCACACCUGCCAUUCCCUGAUCCAGAAUGUGAUGAUCUGGGUCCAUAUUCCUGCUCCCCUGUUACCAACACUGUGACUUGGGCACUUUCUAAACCCCAAGCUCUGGCUGUCCCCAUGUGCACAGCAGAACCAGACACUAAGGGCACCUGCUGCAUGGGAUGGCUGUGCCGAUGAAUGAGGUGGAACAGAGAGGAAGUUGGGCAGCGUCUGGCCCUUUGGUGUGGGAGGGAGCUCACUGAAGUUCUGCCAGGUCCUUGGGUCGAUCACGCAUGUGCCCAGAGGGCCUUCACAUCCUCAGCACGUAUCAGGCACAUGAUGUGUACUGACUCCAGUGGAGACAAUCGCACAAAGCCUGCACUUCUCCCUGCCUCAGGGGAAUGUGCAUGGGAAUGGGGAGUGGCACCCGAGUGGGACUGGGAUGGGUGGAAGAUGGCCCUUGGGGUGGGCCAAUGAGGGCUGUGUUCCGGAGCUUGGAGGGAGUGAGACAGGGCUGGGAGCAAAUGCCCUUCCUUCUGCACAGCACUGUGUCCUGGGCCAUCUUGUGCUGGCACCUUCAGUGCACACAGAGAAAACCCAGGGAGUCCCACACACCUCAGAGAUCACAUCCUCUGCUUCCUGAGCUCCAGCUCUGUCCUCAACCAGCCUGUGGGGACUGUGGGGGACCGUGGAUGCCGAGCUGGGGUGAGGCAGUGCUGGCAACACUCUGAAUCUUCCUCAGGAGCUGUUCAAGAAAUUAGUGCCUGCUCAGUGCCUGGGCCCCAUCUGGUCCCAGCGAGACAACAGGGACCACGAGUACCUGGCACCCACCAUCCGUGAUACUGUGGCACACAUGAACACCUUGGCCAACAGUGCCAUCGCUACAUGCUUCGGGGCCCCAGGCAUGACAGCCCAGGAGAGGGCCAGGGUGGUGGAGCUGUGGAUUCAGGUGGCUGAGGAUCCUUUCUGCUCUGCAGAGCCCUGCCAUUAAGCAUCUCAAAGAGACCUGGGGACAAGUUUCCAGGGAGAGUUCCUACACCUUUAAGAAGUGGUGGAGGGGAGAGCAGCACGUGAGCAGGAGACUGUUCCUGAAGGAGGCAACCUCCGUGUUGGCCAGUGCACAGAGGGCCCACCAUUGAGCCUGGGAGAGGCAGCGGCAGCAGGUGAGGGUGCCUGGGGGGGAGGUGUCCAGGAGUCAGAGGAGAGGGGCUCCCCCUCCCAGCUAGAGGCCUCCCUCAAGAGAGGAUCCUUCCUCCUCCAGCACAUCUGCUGUGGCCACCGAGCCUGAAGUGCCCGCCUUGGCAGUGAGCAGGAGGAGGCCUGGAAGGGCUGGGAGCAGGAUGAUGUUGGGGUGGGGAGGGGCACGGGCCACACCCCCUGGGAUUGGCCAACAGCCAGCCCUUGGACGUGACUGGGGGAUUUUGUUGUUCCUGGAGAGGAGGGGAGGAGGGAAUUGUGUGUGGUGGGGGCUUCUGAGGGUCCUAGGCUACUGUAUGUGGGAGCCUGUGGUGUGCAGGGGGCUGGGGUGAAGGAUUUCAGGGGAGGGUUCAUGGGGGGCACCUGAGUGCUGAAACUCAUCACCAUUGAUGGAGCAGGGUGUCAUCCCCUCCCUUGAGAUGAUAUUCAGUUACCUGGAGCUACUGCAUGAUGAGAUGGAUUAUUAUGUGGAGGGGAAUGUGCUCAGCUGUCGGAAUGAGGAAUUCAAAUUCAUCAAGGACAUCAAGCUGGUCCAGAAGGCUGCAAAUCUGUACACCGUGCAGCCCGACGAGCACUUUGGGGCCUGGUUCCAGGCCAUGGAGCCCCUGAGCAAGGAAGCGAGCUACAGCCUGUCCUGUCAGCUGGAGUCCCGAUACCAGUGGACCAGAAAAAUUCGACUCUUCUUCAAAGACAAGAAGAGCCGUGCAUCUUCCUGCCCAGGGCUGAACACCAGGUCCCCAAAAAAGAGCCCAGCGGUGAUGGCAGAUAAUGCUCCUGAGACCAGCUGAACCACAGAAGGGACACAGCGGGGACACUCAAGUGCACGGGGCCACGUCUCAGAUGCUGACAUGAAUGAUAACAUUGUGAUCCAUUCCCUGGGGUCCGCUGAAGGCCACAAGGGAGUGGACGACUCCCCCCACCAUCUCCCUCACACAUUUUCCCAAGCGCCUGUUUCCCUCUUUGGAGGGGCCAUGUUUUUGUUGUCAAUGAUAAAUGCUAAGUUUGGGUAUUUUAUU